UAUAAUAUUUAUACCCGUGCAUGAGCACGGGAAAAUCACUUAGUAUAAAAAUAAUUUUAGAACCUAAAGUUAGAGUUAAACGUUUGUUUAUAUAUACGGUAGUGGCUACGUUUUUUUUUACUUUGCUAAACACGCCAGUGGCUAUGUUGGAGAAUAAAUAUUAUAUUUAUUUUAAAAAGUCUGAAAGUUCAUUGCAAAACUGUUUUACUAAAGCUACAAAAGAAGUUUAACUGACUAUUAAGUAGAAAAAAGAACAACUUAACGAUCAAACUAAACCAUAUAUAAAGUACAAAUUUAUUCAUUUAUGAGAACCGUGUAAACGUUCAUUACUAAUAAGUUUUGAAAAUUUUAUAUGGACACAAGUUUCCAAAUUUGUGAAAACAAAAAUUUAAAUUUUCAAAUUAUUAGAUUCUCUCUUGAUCCAUCUAAUCCCCCGAAUUUCAUCCAUCUAAUCCCCCAAAUUUCAGGACCAUCUUAGGAAUGUGGUAUAGUUUAAUCCGUAGGUGUUCAAAAAAAAAGGUUUUAUCUGUCAAAAGCAGUAGAAUGAAGAGUAGUGUGGUUUCUUCUUUCGUCUCUUACAUUCUUAUUAUUUUAUGAUAUAUACAUACACACACACACACAAGAAAAGCAUGUAUGUAAAGACAGAAGCACAUAUAUAAGAAACCCACUAGUUCACUUCUCUAAGAAGAUUUGUCCAGGCACACGCCAAAACACAAAAACAAAACCUUCAAGAACAGAUCAGUUUAAUAUUCAUAUAUAAACAAAAGAAAACAAAUGGAUGUUGGUUUAAUACAAGAUCUGCCCAUGUUGAAUUUCUCAACACCGAUCAAGAUCCGAUCCAACAACACCAACAUAGAUGAUGACGGCAACGGCGGCGGCUGCACCACUCCUACUUCCUCACAUCACAAGAUUCCUCCCUCAACCGCCACUACUCCUCCUCCUCCGCCGCAGAAACGGCGCCCACCUCCCACGCCGUCUUCUCUUGUCAGAUCUUGCAAGAGGAAGCUUAUGACGUCAUCCAAGUUUGAGAUUAUUGUCAACAAAGAUGAGAUCGAUCGCUUCUUCUCUUCUGUUUACAACCAGAAGAUGACGUCAUCCCCCUCAACAACCACUACCACUACGACGGCUCUCACGGUGGCCAAGAGGCGUAGAAGUUUCCGUUCUUGUUCCCGAAAAUGAUCAAUAGUUGCCUAGUUGGAAUUAACCACAAUCAUGUUAAAGGUUCUUUCAUUUAGAUAGCUUUUUCCUAUUCUAUUUAAUUUUAUGCAUGUUAUGAUUCUCGACUUUAAACGUCGACCCACUGUAUAUGUACAUGUGCGAACGGUAGAUGGUAUCUUUUUCCUAAUAAUUUCAUUUGAAUUAUGAAAUUUCUCAAUAAUGUAGUUUUGCAAGCCUUUUGUAAACAAAUGAAAAAAUAAUUGAAUAUUUCAGAAAGAAA